CCCAGGUUUGCAGCCUGGAAGGUGGUUUAAAGCUACCUCAGUUUCAUCAAUUGUAGCAUAGCAGAGGCACAUUGCGCUCUAAUUUACAGGUUCACUUUAGUUGUUGGCAUGGGACUCAUAAUGGCAAACAAGCUCUGGCUAUUUCCAAAGCAACUAGUUUUGUUUUUACUGGUGGAAAACUUAAUCUCUCCUGCUUUUUCACUUACUUACAGCACUGGCACAUGGCAACAUCUUCCAAGCCGAAUGCCACAAUUUGGCGAUCGUCUGCCUUUUAAACAGCUUCAACUUCACCAACAAACAGUUUCCAGACCAGUUCGAGUAGAAACGGUCGAUGUGAAGUGCCAUUCAGACUACAUGGAGAUAGUUGUUAAGGCUGAUCUGUUUAAACUCGGUAUUCUUAUUGACAUGGAUGACCUGCGACUUGGAGUUGAACAAGACAAAGAGACCUGCAGGGCUUCAGCAGCCGGAGAUGAGUACAGAAUAUUGGCAGCGCUAUCGGACUGUGGAACCAAGCGUUUGAUGAACAAAGACUCCAUGAUCUAUACAAACCACCUCAGAUAUACACCCAGAGCCACACCAGAUGGGGUUAUUCGAAUGGAUGGUGCUGUAAUCCCAAUUGCUUGUCAUUAUGAAAGGAAGUACAGUUCAGACAGUGGCCCCCUCCAGCCGACCUGGAUCCCCUUCAGCGCCACAGUGUCUGCUGAAGACACCCUGCAGUUCUCCUUGAAGUUUAUGACAAGUGACUGGCUCUAUGAGCGGGGUUCUGGAGUCUACUUCCUCGGUGAUCCCAUCAACAUUGAGGCGUCUGUCAGGGUUGCUCACCACUCCAGGCUCAGGGUCUUUGUUAGCAGCUGCGUGGCCACACUAGACCCUGAUAGCAACUCUGUCCCCAGAUACGUCUUCAUUGAGCAUGAUGGGUGCUUGGUGGAUUCCCAGCUGACUGGCUCCAACUCUGGGUUCAUGCAUAGAACCCAGGAUGACAAGCUCCAGUUCCACAUUGAUGCCUUUAGGUUCUAUCAGGAGAACAGGGCAGAGCUGUACAUCACAUGCCACCUUAUGGCAGUCCCUGUCAUGGACCAUGCAGAGCCUAGCAACAAGGCAUGCUCCUUCAUUGAUGGCAGAUGGAGGUCUGCCGACUCGAAUGAUUUGCAAUGUGGCCGUUGUCCAAGCCUGAAUAGCCAGAAGGGGGUUGAUCACGAUCCAGCACGACAUCCCCUCAGUCCAAGACAAGGCGGUAGCCAACCUGAACCUCGUGGCUACCACAUCAAACCUCAAGCCACUGGCGACCAUUGGAGGAAUGGGAUGAAGUCCAAGAAAGUAUGGAGCCAGGAUGCUACUUUGGGCCCCAUAAUGGUUACAACCAAACGGAGUACAUCUUUAUCUCCAACGAUGAGGGAAGGUAUCGAUAUAAAUGGCUUCCCUUCUCCAACUGAGGACAGGAGGCCUGUAUCACCUGGCAGUCUUUGGAAGAGGGGAAUGGACUUCAAGAAAGAUCUAGAGCCCAACCCAGACUCUGAGUUGAAUCCUACACCUGAGCCCAUUGGAGACCUUGGAUAUGACAAGGAUCUCUAUACAAUUGGAACUCAUUGAAAUGAAUACUGUGGGGGCCCCAUUUUUCACUCCAAGCAGCACUCACUCCUGAUGACCCUACAACCAAGUGACCUCGGCACCACAACUGCUCCUGGUGAGGCGAACAAUGCUGAAAAGAGGCACUCAAACAGUGAAGGGACUACCACUGUACCACAACACCAAGGAGACAUGCUCUCAUCAGAACUCCAAAAACAAUGAACAUGAGAUGACUGAACCUCAGAAUAAAUUAUUUAAAGAUACCGUUACAA